CAACAGAGACAAGUCACAAUCAAGAUGGUGUCAGCCAACAAGAAGAGUUCCCUGUGCAUGGGGUUCGGCUCCGUGUUCGUGGUGAUGGGAGCCAUCUCCGUCGUGUUCUGGCCCGCACUGUUCUUUGCACAGCUGAAGAAUAACAUGAUCUUAACUAACGUCUCCGAGAGCUUCGGCAUCUGGAAAGAGACCCCCAUCCCCAUGUACCUGGAGUGCUUCAUGUGGAACAUCACCAACAUGCGCGAGAUCCUGGCCGGCACCGCUGCCAAGGUGGAAGUUAAUCAGAUGGGGCCCUACGUGUAUAGGGAGAGCCAUAGUAAGACGAAUAUAACAUUUAAGGACAACGGAACUGUGUCGUUUUUCAACCAGCGGUUCUGGCACUACGAGCCUGAGAUGUCCAACGGGAGCCUAUCAGAUAGAAUCACCUCUAUCAACCCUAUAGUAGUUUCGAUAGCGUACAUGAUGCGCAACGAGCGGCUGAUCCUGCGGCCCGGCGUGGACGCCUUCCUGCGCAUCUUCCACCGGAACAUGUUCGUCACCGCCAACGUCAGCUCCUGGCUGUUCGACGGCAUCGACGACCCUGUGCUGGAUAUCGCUCAGAAUAUCACCGAGAUCGACAUACCCUAUGAUAAAUUCGGAUGGUUCUAUGACCGCAACGGCUCCGAGACGUUCGACGGGCAGUUCCUCAUGGACACCGGUGCCAACGACUUCAGCCAGCUCGGCAACAUCGUGAAGUGGCGCAACUCGAACCGGACACUGUACAGGGACCAAUGCGGCGAGGUUAAAGGCUCCACGGGAGAGCUUUGGGCGCCUGAGCUGGGCCAACCUGAGGUCACUAUAUUCGCUCCGGAUAUCUGCACCUACAUGACCCUACACAAGCAGGGGCCGUAUUCCACGGAGGGCAUAGACGGCGUUAUGUACGCGGCCAACGACUCGGUGUUUGACAACGGCUAUAAAUACGGCAGCAUGGCGUGUUACUGCGACGAGGUCCGCGACAACGAGUGCCUCCGUCCGGGCGCGCUCAACGUGUCGUCCUGCCGCCUCGGAGCCCCCGCCUUCGUGUCCAUGCCGCACUUCUACAACGCCGACCCUUACUACCCCAGCAAGAUUCAGGGGCUGGAUCCGGUGCCAGACCACGCGUUUCGCAUGGCCCUGGAGCUGUUCACAGGGGUGCCCCUGUUCGUGAAGGCCCAACUACAAAUCAACCUCCUAGUCAGACACAUCACGGGCAUCUCCAUAAACAACCAGCUGCCAGACAGAGACACACUAGUCCCCAUGUUCUGGUUCCGACAGGAGGUGGCCAUCACGCCCGAAUACGCGAGCCUGGCGCGCUGGGCGCUCAAUAUACGUUUCGGACUGCCCUAUGUGUUUUAUUCUAUUACGGUAAUCGGUCUGCUACUGCUGAUAUCAGGUAUAGUGGUGCUAAUACGUAAACUGCUGAGGUCGCCCGACGAACAGCCGAUACUGCAGACGCAGUCGCAAGAAGACCUGUCACGUUGACACUGUGACAACACACUGACAUGUGUCACUGGACUGUUAUGACAAUAAUAUAUGCAUUAUACAGGGUUUUG